UCAAAUUUGAUCUGCCAAAUCCUGUUUAAACAAAGGGUCACCCACAGGAAACCAGAAUAAGCUAGACCCAAAAAGGAAUCUUAUAUUGUUUGGCUUUCAGGAAUUUGCCUUUUUCCUUCUGAUGUGAUUUUCCAUCCCAAACCCGGCACAGCUCAAGAAAACUACUUUUCUUCCAGGGCUCAACUCCCCCAAUAUCCACGGGAAGGAAAACCCACCUUUGUUUCUCAUCUCUUAGCCAUGCUUCAGGUUUUCCUUUGAAGGAUGGUUCAAAGAAAGGUACCCAACAAGCUUGGUAUCCAAGCUGAUCAUGCUAAACCAGAGAAGCGGUUGGGGAGCCUCAAACCAUCAUCUUGUCAGCACCAGGAUGGCAAGAACAAAGGAACUGACUUGAAGAAAAAAAUGAAGAAGUCAAGAUCAAUUAAGCUCUCGGAUAUUGAGGGCCUAAGAUCAUCACCUGUGAGGAAAACGAUUGCUCAACCUGGAAAACCACCUCCUCUCAAUGUUCCAGCAGCUGCUGCAGCAACCCCACAGAAGAAGUCUGUGAUCAAAGCUGUGGAUGGAUCACCAAACUACAUGAAGUCCACCAGCAGUUCAGAGGCCAAAAAGGAGGUUUCUCAGGUGAGUUCCCGGAAUACUCAAACUGGUUCUGAUAGCAAGAAUCUGCGUAGUAGAAGUUCAACUGGUUCAAAAAGUAGCUCUGGUUCUUGUAAUAAACCUGCUAGAACUUUAACAAGGACAUCUAGUUUGAAGAUGGUGAGGACUUUAACAAAAUCUCCUAGUUUCAAACCGGUUAGAGCUUCAUCAAAAAAAUGUUCCAGGGUUGCUCUAUGUGCAGAUAUGGAUAUGCAGAGAGCUACCUGUUCUUCAACUUUGAAGGACUCAAAGUUUCCCGCUUAUCUUAUUCUUAAUCCUGGGGGUACUGAGUCUGAAGGAACUUCAAUUAUAAAGGUCUGCCCGUAUACUUACUGUUCUCUUAACGGUCAUCACCACACUCCUUUGCCUCCAUUGAAAUGUUUCUUAAAAGCAAGGAGACGUUCAAUGAAAACCCAGAGAAGCAUGAAGAUGGAAGCAUUGAGCCCUCGUAGACUCAAGCCUUCUGCUGAUGGAACAGAAGAAUUCAAUGCAGCGCAGGUGGUUUUUGGUAACGACCCUGCAAGCAAUGGAGUGGAUUUGGAUAACUCCCCUAGGUCUCCAUUGAUGCAAGAAGGGGGCAUGGAUUUUUUCAUUGAAAUCUAUGCAAAAAGCAAAGGGAAUGAUGCUGAAGCAGACGUAGGAAGCACACAAAUGAACGCCAAGAGAAUGGAUGAUUCUGGAUGUGGCAAUGAAACAGCCCCAGAGCAUAACACGGAGAAGCCAGUUUCGGAGAGUUUAUAUGAAGGUUCACCACACGCUGAGAUUGACUUUGAUGAAAAUCUUGAACGUUGCAGUGAAACUUUUUCCGAAGUAAAUACCAAAGAAACCCUCUAUGAAGAGCUAAAACAUGAUGACGUGGAUGAAGAUUUCAGAGGAAUUUUGGUUAAAGAAAAAUCAUUACCAUGGAACUUUAAUGAUGGUGAUGAACAGGAAUGCCUCGCAACAAUUGAUAUAGACCAUACCAUGUUUGAAGUUAUUGAUAUGGAGUGGGAAGAGUGCCAAUUUUCUGCUUCAGAGCCUGAUGAUGAAGCCCUUUGUUCAAUGGAAACUGAUUAUAAAUCUGAUCCAAACACUGGGGAUUCGUCAGAAAGAGAUAGGAAUAAUUUGCAUGACGAACUUGUGAUCAGUUUAGAUGAAAAAGACAGCAACAUCACAGAAGAAAUUCUGGUUGAUGGAGCAGAACAGCAAGUCUUUGAAGAAGAUACUGCACGCAUUGAUACAUGUAGCCAAGUAUCUGAAACCUUAUGUUACGACCAAGUUUCCUCCGCUGAGGAGAUGUUUGAGGUAUUAGUAACCAUGGAAGAAGAAGAGAAAAAAGAAAACGCUGAAGUAGAUUUGACAGGCAUUGUUGCAACUCCAUCUGCAACAGAGGAGCUACAUGAGGGAGGCAAGGAGAAAAUUCUGGAGAAUGGAUUUCCUGGAACAGUUAAUGAGGUUUCUGAAGCAGAUCCUCAGCUAGAAGUUCCUGAAAACAGCUGCACCAUUGAUGUGAAAGAAGAAGCUUUGGAAUCAACAGAGCAAUUGCAGCUUCGCUCAUUUGAUAAGUUAGAGCAGGACGAAGCAAGUGAAGAUUACAACGUAACCCAGGAGACAGGGGAUUCAGAAGCAAAUCAGACAGUCACCGUCAGUGAUUUCAGUCCAGAGAAGGAACUUCCAAGUGGCGAAGCUGGAGAUGGAAUGGAAGCAGGGAAAAUAGCUGAUGCUGAAUUGUUGAUUGGAAUUCAAAUCUCUGAUUCAUCUCAUGUUUUAUCUGGGGCUGAUGAAGAUGAUGAGGAGAUAGGAGACAUCCAAAACAACCAACUUUGUGAAGUCAACAAUGCUAUUGAUGAGAGUUUCUCAACUCAAGAUACUGUUGAUGAAAGCCUUUUUGCUGAGAAUCAAGAUCACCCGUCAGAUAGCCAACAUGAGAACACAAAUGUUGUCGACAGUAAGAGCAUCCUAGAGGAAGAUCAAGAUGAAGCUAAGUUCAAAGUCCCUACUUCCAUGGACUCAGAGGAGCAGAACAGUUCAAGGAUGCACAAAACUAGUUUAGCUGAGCGCAGUGAAGUUGGUAAAACAGAUUUGGACAGUGCUAGUACUGGGUUGGAGGCAGAAACGUUCCCCACAACAAGUGAUAAAAAUGGCCACAAUCCAAGGAACAGGUUCUCCUUCACUAGAAGCAAUGCUAAGGAAGAAGUACCGGACAACCAUAACAACAGAAAAUGGACAGUUGGACGCAAAAGACAUGAAGAGAAUUAUGAGGAAUCAAGGAAGUUCAACCCACGAGAACCAAACUUCCUGCCUGUUGUUCCAGAACCAGAUGCAGAAAAGGUUGAUCUCAGGCAUCAGAUGAUGGAUGAAAGGAAAAAUGCAGAGGAAUGGAUGCUCGAUCAUGCACUCCAACAAGCUGUCACCAAACUUGCUCCUGCUAGAAAGAGGAAAGUGGCAUUACUUGUUGAAGCCUUUGAAACAGUCCUGCCGAUAACAAAAUGUGAAUCUCGUUUGAGGCAUACUUCGACAGGCUUUGGCCAUGGACGACCCAUUCAGGCUUGUAACUGAUAGUGUUUACCAAGGAUAUGAUCCGAUGAAAGUAACUUCGACAAAUUAUAGCUGCAAUUAGUCCAAGGGUAGAAAGCAUCAUCAUCAUCAUCAUCAUAGCAAGCGAAGGCAAAUGCUUUUAAACGACAGUUCCAAUAGAGCAACGAACAAGUUGUCAACUGUUGAGAACUGUAGACGCAGCAACUUGAAACAUGGAGUGAGUUGAUCUGUGCAAGGAUGCAGAUGCAGAUUCUCCUGAAUUAUGUGGGUGAAGUGCGAGUGAAGAACACCUAAUUCAAGUUCAAACUAAUAGAAUUUGUGAAGUGUUUUCAACUGGAUCAUAUCUACCGUUUGGAGGUCUAUUAUGUCUAAUGUUAUGUACUGAUCAUAAUGGCACUAAGUUUAUGUUUAAAUAAUUACUACUAUUAUCAUCUCCAGUGAUACAUCAAUCAUCAACUGCUUUUCAUGCAUUGUUUCUAA